GCAGACGAGCGCGAUUGUGUGAGUAUGGGCAUGUGCCCCAUCCCGUCGAGCUGGAGCGCGACGACGCCACGCCUUCUGCUCCUCCACCACCUGUUCCUCAUCUCCCUCGUCUCGGACAUGGAAGACGCACACCACUGGCCAAUGGUGGAGCGCCGCGGUACUCACCUCUGGGCCUCCGGCCGCCCUUUCAUCAUCCACGGCUUCAACACCUACUGGCUCAUGUCCUUCGCCGCUGACCAAGCCACGCGCCCGCGUGUCACCGCCGAGGCUGGUCUCAACGUCUGCCGCACCUGGGCCUUCAACGACGGUGGCCACCGCGCGCUGCAGACGGCGCCCUUCCACUACGAUGAAGAGGUCUUCCAGGCAUUAGACUUCGUUAUCAGCGAGGCAAGAAGGCAUAACAUGAGGUUGAUACUGUCUCUUUGUAACAACUGGGAAGAUUAUGGAGGGAAGGCACAAUAUGUGAGAUGGGGAAAGGAGGCUGGCCUAGAUCUUACUUCUGAAGACGAUUUCUUCUCUGACACAACAAUUAAGAGUUACUACAAAGCUUUUGUUCAGGCUGUUGUGACAAGAAUAAACACGACUACAAAUGAAGCCUACAAAGAUGAUCCUACUAUUCUUGCCUGGGAGCUGAUUAAUGAGCCACGCUGCCCUUCAGAUCCAUCGGGUGAUACUUUGCAGGCAUGGAUAGAGGAGAUGGCAUCUUAUGUGAAGUCUAUAGACCCUAUGCACCUCUUGGAGAUUGGCAUUGAAGGCUUUUAUGGUCCAUCCACUCCAGAACUUUUCCCUGUUAACCCAGAUGAGUAUUCAGCUCAUGCUGGAACAGACUUCGUUAGGGACCAUCAAGCGCCUGGAAUUGACUUGGCUUCUGUUCAUGUUUAUUCUGACACUUGGUUGCCUCACUCGAUAGAGGAAAAUCACCUUCAAUUUGUGAACAUAUGGAUGCAAAAACAUAUUGAUGAUGCAGCCAAUUUACUUGGGAUGCCAAUUGGGGUUGGGGAGUUUGGGGUAUCAGUUAAGGAUGGGAAGUUUGGUAGUGAAUUUCGUGAAGCUUUCAUGAAGACAGUUUAUGGAAUUUUCUUGAGUUCUUGGAAGGGAGGAGCGCUUGGAGGAGGUUGCCUUCUUUGGCAGCUCUUCUCCGAGGGAGCAGAACACAUGGAUGAUGGUUAUGCAGUUAUUUUUGCAAAAUCACCAUCCACAUUAAGCUUACUUGCAAAUCACUCAAGGAGUCUGGAAUCUUGAGACUUGAAGAAUGUGCCAUGAUGAUCCUCUGGAGAGCAUGAUUCACAAAGAUGUUGUCCUAAUCCAGCAUAAGGUUGUUGUGUAUACGCACUGGUACAAUAA